GUGAAACAUAUCACGUUUUACAACUUGCUUGAGAUUAUAUAUUUAACUCUUAGUGUUUUUAAUUUGGUCACUUAUUGUUAACAACCAUCACAAAAAUGGAACAACCCAAAGUUUUAUGCUUCUUAUUGGUCUUAAUUAUGCUUGCUAAUUCUGCUAAAUCCCAAUUAAGCAUCGCUUAUUACGCUUCGAGUUGCCCCCAAGCAGAAGGGAUAGUAAGAUCAACUGUUCAAUCUCACUUCAAUUCCGAUCCUACUAUCGCUCCUGGCUUGUUACGACUCCAUUUUCAUGAUUGCUUUGUUCAGGGUUGUGAUGCUUCAAUAUUGAUUUCGGGGACUUCUUCAGAAAGAACUGCCUUUACAAACGUGGGAUUGAAAGGCUUCGACGUAAUUGACGAUGCAAAGGCACAAGUCGAGUCCGUGUGCCCAGGAGUUGUUUCUUGUGCUGAUAUCUUAGCUUUAGCUGCUCGUGAUUCUGUUGAUUUGACGGGCGGGCCGAAUUGGGGAGUUCCACUAGGAAGACUGGAUGGGAAGAGGUCCUCUGCAUCUGAUGCUGUAAACUUGCCUUCUCCUCUGGAAUCAAUUGCUGUUCAUAGGCAGAAGUUUGCUGAUAAAGGUCUCAAUGAUCAUGAUCUUGUUACACUUGUUGGUGCACACACCAUUGGACAAACAGACUGCAGAUUCUUCCAAUACAGACUAUACAAUUUCACACCAACAGGCAACGCUGAUCCUUCAAUUAACCAACCAAACAUAGCCCAACUACAAACGUUGUGUCCCAAGAAUGGCAAUGGUUUAACCAAGGUGGCAUUGGACAGAGAUAGCCGGACGAAAUUCGACGUAAAUUUCUUCAAGAACAUUAGGGACGGAAACGCCGUGCUCGAAUCGGAUCAAAGACUAUGGGGUGAUGAUGCAACUCAAGCAAUUGUGCAAAAUUAUGCAGGAAAUCUUAGAGGGUUGUUUGGUGUUAGGUUUAAUUUUGAUUUCCCUAAAGCUAUGGUUAAGAUGAGCGGCAUUGGUGUUAAGUCUGGUUCUGAUGGUGAGGUUAGAAAGAUGUGUUCUAAGUUUAAUUAAUUGAAUGUUAUUUUUAAUUUGGUUGUUCCCAAUAAAUCAUUUGUGUCUUAAAGGUACAUGUAAUCUAUGGUCUCUAUGUUUCAGAAUUAGACCUAUAGAUAAGCCGAACACAAAAGAAAAGUUAAUUUCAAAUGAUAAAUUGUUGUAUUUUAUCUUCCUUA